AUGCUAUGCACCCCACAGGACUGCCCGUCAAGGCAGGAGCUGCAGAGCUCUCUGCGCCAGGUGGAGAAGUUGCUGUCAGCCCAGGAGGCCUCCUACCAGCAGAGCCUUCGCUCCCUGAGGAAGAGACUGAGUACCCUAAAGAACAGCAGUACCGUCAAACACACCACCAAGGCGCACAACGCCACCUGUCCUAAGCCUGAGAGCCUGGCUUACGGCAGGAGACUGGGGAGGGUGUUUGGUGUGGGCCACGAGGUGCACUUUGUGUGUAAGGCAGGUUAUGAGCUGCUGGGGCCCCAGACCAGAGUGUGUCUGGCGUCUCUGAAGUGGAGCGGCCAGCAGCCCACAUGCAGGGUCUUAAACACUGUGAGCAACAUCCCCACCGCCCUACCCACGCCGUCCUACUUCUCCUCCCCCUCCACUUUAUCCUCAUCCAUCUCCACGUCCUCCCCGUCCUCUGCCCCCCUCUCGUCCUUCGUUCGUCCAUCCCGCUGCACCCAGUUCCAGGGCUCCUCCCACUGCAUCUGUGAUGCAGGCUUCACCAUAAGCGGCCGCGACAGCGACAUCUGCACAGACAUGGAUGAGUGUCAGCUGUUUCCGCUGGCACAGCCUGGGCGCCUGUGUAUGCACACCUGUAUCAACACCCCCGGCAGCUACCACUGUGUGUGCCCUCGCGGCUACAACCUGGCCAGAGACCACCGCAGCUGCAAAGAUAUUGACGAGUGUGAGAGCAGACUUCACAACUGCACCCUGGACCAGGUGUGUGUGAAUACGUACGGGGGGUUCCAGUGUGUGCAAGUGGAGUGUCCUCGCAUCACAAACGCCACGUACAUCAAGACCUCUCCUAUGCGGUGUGAGAGGAACCCGUGUGUGGUGGGGGACAAGGCCUGCACCCAGGCUCCCAACUCCGUCUCCUUCCACUUCAUGCCCGUGGUCUCCAACAUGUCCGCACCAAGGGUGCUCUUCCGGGUGUCUGCGGCCCGUGUGCUGGGUGACACACUGCGCUUCGGCCUGCUGGGGAGUCGCGGCCGCAGCCACUUUAGCAUGCAGCGCUCUGGCAGGCAGACGGGCACCCUGCUCCUGGUGAGCCCUGUGCAGGGCCCAGCUACACUGGAGGCAGAGGUAGAGAUGAGCGAGCUGGAGCGACAAGCCCUGCUGGGACGCUACCUCACCAAGGUCACCCUUUUCGUCUCCCCCUACGGUUUCUAG